GCGCAAUGUUUUGAAAAAAAUUAAUUAUAUAUGUAAAUCUGAUAAUACAAAUAAUAAUUUACAAAUAACUGUUUGAUAACAAUUGAUACGAGAAUUAAAUGCAAAAAAUGUCGUUUAGCUAAAUGUUUUGCAAUGGGAAUGAAAAGUUCCUUAUUAUAUACUGAAGAGAAAAAACAAUUAAGAAAUUCAUUGAUUAUUGAAAAUAAAAACAAAUUCAAGAAACAACUGAAAAGAUCGACGACAACAACGACAACAACAACUGAUAAUAAACGGAUCAGACAUUUGGUGACAACUAUUGAUAACAACAAUAACAACAACACUAGCUAUUCAUUAACGACCAAAACAUCUACUGGAACUGACAGUUCAGAAACUACCAGUUCAUCAAACAAUGGAUCCAAAGAAUCGACAACUGUUACCGAUUUCACGACAACUACUCCCGAGAUAUUAGUGUCGGUAUUAUAUGAGCCGUCUAUAGGCCGGCCAAUUACCGCCGCCGCCGCCGGUGCCGACAAUGACAUACAGUUUAAUCAAUUAGAGGCCAACUAUUUUGGCGAACUGUGCGCCGCUGUCGGCAAACAACUGAUGCCGUAUUCAUCGGCGGUAAAUGUUGGCCACUGCGGCGGCGACCAACCAAUCAGUGUUGUCGACGUCGACAAUAAAUGGGACGGUAUUUGGAUAUUAGACCAAAGAUUAGACAAAAAAAUACCCGGAUUUGUAAAAAUGUCUAAAUGUUUGCACGCGUUUCGCGCGCUCACCGAUAAUCAGAUCAACUGAUUUUGUUGACAAAGUCAUCGCUAAAGAUGGAGAUCUUGCAGAUGAUCAACAUAUUUGACUUUCAGGGCAUGUAUUGGUUGAUUAGUUUUAAUAAUCAAAAAGUUAGAAUAGGUUUAGAUUUAUUUCGUGAAUUUCCGAUAACAACAAAAACAACGACAACCAAACCGCUAAUAUAUAAUAGUAUUUAUGAUAAUUAUAAGG